GGAGGACUACAAUGAACGAUGGAAAUGUCUCCGCCACUCCUUACAGAUACUCGCUGAGACGUUGGAGUGUAAUAUAUUUCUAAACAAUAAGGUUGUUGCUGCUGUGGGGAGGCCCCAGUAACAAUUAUCAAGUUGUUGGUGGAAAACUGCAUUCGUCAUAAUGUGUGUCCUGGGACCCUCAUCAGGGAUUUUAACUGUUUUUCAAAAGGCAUGAUAAGUAUCGAGGACCCCCACGUACAACACAGAGAGAUCGAUAGGUCAGCGAUGACGGUCAUGCCUGAACUCACCUCUUUCUGUACGUUCAUUGAAGUAGAACAAGCAACUCUAGUGCGAAAAGAUUGGAAGAGUGUGGAAGCGUGCUUAAGCAAGCAUGGCUAUUCUUGCAAACUUAUUACUCAGGCCGAGUUCUGUUACUGUUUCAUGAUAGUCUCCAAAACUAAAAACAUUGGGGAUCUAGAUAUUACUGACAAGAUUUGGGAUUUCCUUAAACUUGUGUCGAUUGAGCUUCAGCCUUCUAAGGCAAUUGGUAUACUGAAUGGCUCUAUGCAUUGUCAGUUCAUCCCGGCGGGGUAUGAAUGUGGUGGUCCGUUAUGUUCAAAGUUUGGUGUCACUGAGGAGCAAUAUGCUGAAGUGGUGUGGCCACGUAUUCAGAAUAGCUUUGAGAAAUUAAGUUCUCGAUUGCGGUGUGAGUUCAUUGUAAUGCCGGACUUUAUUGCUGUCUUUGGAUCUACACAAGUAAAGGUGUUCUGUGGGUUUGUGUAUAAUGUGUGCUUUCGCUUGAAACAACGUCCAGCUUUGCGAUUUCGGGGAGGUUGGAAGAGUUGGUGAUUCCUGACUUGCUCGCAAAUCCUGGUUUUCAAUAUCCCUCGUCCAUGGACUCCAUUCUAGUCGAUGAAUCCUGAGGUUCGUGCACACUGGUCUCUAGGGCCAUGCUCGAGGCCCAGAGUUGAAUUUAAAGAAGAAGCUUUUGAGUCUUUCCAAUUGUUUGUGUGUAAAUUAUGGCUUAUAAAUUUUUGAACUUCUAAAUGUGGCCAUCGGGGCCACUGUACAAUUUACUUAAAUUUUCCUGAUAUCACUG